AUGCGAAUCACAGAACAGCUCCUGCGACAGCGGUCCGAGCACAAUGACGGUAUUCUGUCUGAGCUGGAAGAAGUCGCACUCCAUCAGUUCGAGAUCGAGAAAAUCGAGAAUGUCGACAAGCUGUGCAAGCAUCUCAAAAUUCUUCUUCUACAAAACAACAUUAUAGAGAAAAUUGAAAACGUCCAGAGACUCAAGGAACUGGAGUACCUGAAUCUGGCACUGAACAACAUUACGAGAAUAGAGAAUCUCGGCGGAUGCGAAAGUUUGAAAAAACUCGAUUUAACUGUAAACUUCAUCGACGUCACUGACCUCGAAGAAUCCGUCCUCAACUUGAAGGAUAACGAAAAACUGGAAGACCUUUAUCUAAUGGGCAACCCGUGCACAGAAUGGGAUGGCUGGAGGCUUUUCGUCGUUGCCAGUUUGCCCCAGCUGCGUCAACUCGACGGCAAGCUCAUUACACCGAGUGAAAGGAUUGAAGCUGCGAGACGCCUGUCGUCUUUGAAAUCUCAACUAAAGGAAAAAAUCAAAGAGAAACAGGCCAGACCACAAAGUGAAACAUCUUCGACUGCGUACACCACAGAAAACAGAAAGAAAAUGUACCUUGAGAUGGCGAGGGUGAGCUUGACCCCCGCGUCAGGUCGGGGUUACGUUUUAACUUCGAACGGCGAUCACGUACACCGCAGACGCAACUGUAGAGUCGAAAUGAAGUACAUGACGAUCGUCUGA